AGGAUGAUUAAGUUGAAGAGGUUUUGCAGGAGCAACUCCAAGCUCAAUAGUAAUGGAGGUAGUGGAAGAGGGGAGACAGGCAGAGGCUGUGGAGGGGGUGAUGGUGGUGGUGGUGGAGAGAUCAAGUGGGAGGUCCGACCAGGAGGCCUUCUUGUUCAAAAGAGAGACAAUGGAAACAGUGUAGGGGAAGGGAUGAUUACAAUCAGAGUCUCUACAGUAACACAGUUUCAUGAUGUCUUCAUUGAACCUACUUCAACUUUUGGAGAAUUAAAGAUGAUAUUGGAGGUGGUGACUGGUUUAGAGGCAAGAGGACAAAGGGUUUUAUAUAGAGGGAAAGAAAGAGAAGAUGAGGACUUCUUACACAUGGUUGGGGUGAGAGACAUGGACAAGGUCUUAUUGUUAGAAGACCCAGCCAUUAAGGAGAGGAAACUACAUGCAUUGAUGUCCAGGAAUAACCAAGCACUUCCCUUGAGAACCUACCUUGCCUUAUCAUCAACAAUAUAGAGUUUAUAUACUCUUUAAACUCUUGUUUAAUUAUGUCAUCUUAUUUUAAACUAACCAAUUA